CCUGGAAUCGCAGUGUGAUUUUUUGUUGUUGCUUUGGUGUCAAAUAUUACACUAGAAUUAAAAAAAAGAUGUCAUUUCUGGCAACAUUGGCUAAGGGGAUACCCUUGGACCCUUUGCCACCUCCUCAGGGUUCCAGGGAUCAUUCUGUUCCUCAUGCCCCUGUCAGGAAUGCUCCUUUGAGUCCAGAAGAAUGCAAGCUGGCUGUGAGAAACGCCUUGAGGUAUUUUCCUCCAGAGUUUCAUGCAGUUUUAGGCCCAGAAUUUGCCAAGGAAUUGAAGGACUAUGGCCAUAUUUACAUGUAUCGCUUCAGACCAACUUUCCCACUCAGGGCUUAUCCAAUUACUUGGUACACAGCAGCAAAUCUGGAAGGAUCAGCAAUUAUGCUCAUGAUCAUGAAUAAUUUGGACCCAGCUGUUGCACAGUUUCCCCAUGAACUGGUCACUUAUGGUGGGAAUGGACAAUUUUGGCUGGUCAUGAAGUAUCUCAGUGAGCUCCAGCCAACUGGAACACUGGUCAUCAACUCUGGACAUCCAGCAGGAAUUUACCCAAAUCUGAAUCCUGACACUUCACCAAGGGCUGUAAUCAGCAAUGGGAUGGUUAUUCCAAAUUACUCAAAACCUGAGGAUUAUGACAGGAUGUUUGCCCUUGGGGUCACAAUGUAUGGACAGAUGACAGCAGGAAGCUAUUGUUACAUUGGUCCUCAGGGUAUAGUUCAUGGGACAACAAUAACAAUCAUGAAUGCAGCAAGGAAAUAUUUGGGAACUAAUGAUUUGAGAGGGAAAGUAUUCCUCACAUCAGGUCUUGGUGGCAUGAGUGGGGCUCAGGCAAAAGCAGCAAUCAUUGCUGGUUGCAUUGGACUAGUGGCUGAGGUAUCAGAGGAAGCCUUGGACAAACGUUUUUCCCAGAAGUGGGUGAUGGAGAAGUUUGGCAAUGUGGAUGAUGUUAUUGAGAGAGUGAAACAAGCCAGGAAACUGAAAUUGUCAACAAGCAUUGCCUAUUUGGGAAACAUUGUGACUCUCUGGGAACGCUUUGUUGAAGAGUACAAGAAAACUGGGGUAUUGUUGGUGGACUUGGGGUCUGAUCAAACUUCUUGCCACAACCCCUUCAAUGGGGGUUAUUAUCCAGUUCAACUAAGUCUCCGUGAAGCUCAAAAGGAGAUGAGGAAGAAUCCAGAGAAGUUCAAGGCACUGGUGGAAGAAAGUCUGAGAAGACAAGUGAAAGCCAUAAAUUUUCUGGCAGACCAAGGAUUGCAUUUCUGGGAUUAUGGAAAUGCAUUCUUGCUCCAGGCAUCCAGAGCAGGUGCUGAUGUAGGACAAAGUGAUCCCACAGGAGCCCAUGGGCCUCAAAUCAAGUUUCGCUACCCAUCAUACAUACAAGACAUUCUGGGGGAUGUUUUUGCACUUGGUUUUGGUCCAUAUCGCUGGGUUUGCACAUCAGGAGACCCAAAAGAUUUGGAGAUAACAGAUGAAAUUGCAGCUUGUUUGCUGCAAAAUUUAGUCGCAGAUCCACAAGUGGACAAAGAUGUGAGAAGCCAGUAUGCAGAUAAUUUGAAAUGGGUUCUGGAGGCUGGAAGAAACAAGAUGGUGGUUGGUUCUCAAGCAAGAAUCUUGUAUUCUGACAGAGUUGGUAGGAUGAAACUUGCUCAACAGUUCAAUGAAGCAAUCAAAUCCAAGGAAAUUAAGACUGACACUCCUCCUAUUUCUGUAUGCAUGCAAGCAGACAUGGCAAUCCAAAACUGCAUUGGAGAUGCAUUCAGAGGUGCAACCUGGGUUUCCAUACACAAUGGAGGAGGUGUUGGGUGGGGUGAAGUGAUCAAUGGAGGCUUUGGCCUUUUACUGGAUGGUUCAGAAGCUGCUGCCAAAAGGGCCCAAUUCAUGCUGAGUUGGGAUGUGAUGAAUGGGGUUUCUAGAAGGAGCUGGGCAGGAAGCAAACUUGCUCAAAAGGCCUGCAUGACAGCCAUGUCUCAGUGCAGUGGCAUGAAAAUCACUGUCCCCUUUGAAGUUGAAGAUGAUUCUGUGCUUACUAUUGAUGGUAUUUGAUCAAAAUAUCUCUUUCAAAUUAAAAAAAAAAUUGUCUCCCAUAUCUGGGACUCAAGAGACUACACAAAUUCAUCUCAAAAGUUCUGCGUUGAUAGUAUUCAUUAAAGGGAACUGCUACAUCAUUUUGAUUUUCAAAUCAAGGUGCAACCAUUAUUUUAUGGCGAUGACAACUUCAAUUGUGAAAUUUCCAAUUUCAAUUCCCGCAUUGAAAAAGGACUUUAUAUCAUUAUUGUUUGCUUUCCAUUGAUUGAAUAAAAUUAUUGCCCAGAAAUGAA